AGCCUACCCAAUGUUAAUAGCAGCAAGUCAACUAGAAGUUGGAACAUUUAAAUGUUAGUUGUUUUGUUUGGUUGUUCCUUCCUUCUGUCCACAGAAUAAAUAAAGCAGUUGUAAAUAUCAAGGCAAGCACAACCCAUAUAUUCCUUGAUUCCCUAAACUGGGAAUCAAAAGCAUGUGAAAUCCCCAGCUGCACACAACCUGUUCGAGGAAAUGUCUGUUUCCUGCGGAGCCGAAUGGGUGGUUGUGCUGGGCUGUAUGCGCUGGGCCUGGAAGCGCUGCACAUACAUCGGCUCUGACGACAGCGCCACGUGGCCCCCCGCCACACCCGACGAGUUCGACCCCAUCCCCCGCGCCUGCCGCACCAUCCUCGCCGUCUACCAGCCCGGUCCCCGAUGCCCGGGCGACGGCCACUGGGUCAACCCGGACUGGGUCGUGAAGCGGGCCCACUACGAGCAGACCCGCGGCCAUGUGCCUCCAUACUUGAUCUACGCCGAUCACGACAACCACGAGAUAGUCCUGGCCAUCCGCGGCCUGAACCUGGCGAGCCAGAGUGACUACCGCGUGCUGCUCGACAACCGGCUCGGGAUGCAGAUGUUCGAUGGCGGAUAUGUGCACAACGGGCUGCUGAAGUCUGCGUUGUGGGUGCUGAAACGAGAGUCCGAGACGCUGAGGAGGCUGUGGGAGGAGAAUGGGAAGGGGUACAAGAUGGUGUUUGCAGGGCAUUCUCUUGGGUCGGGCGUUGCGGCUCUGAUGACCGUCAUCGUCGCCAACCAUGGCGACCAGCUUGGCGGCGUUCCUAGGAGCCUGCUGAGGUGCUACGCGGUGGCGCCUGCGCGCUGCAUGUCGCUCAACCUCGCCGUUAAGUACGCCGAUAUCAUACACUCGGUGGUGUUGCAGGAUGAUUUCUUGCCAAGAACACCAACCCCAUUAGAAGACAUUUUCAAAUCUGUUUUCUGUUUGCCUUGCUUGUUAUUUCUCGUGUGCCUGAGGGAUACGUUCAUACCCGAAGGCAGAAAACUCAAAGACCAAAGACGACUGUAUGCCCCUGGUCGGAUGUAUCAUAUCGUAGAAAGAAAGUUUUGCCGAUGUGGAAGAUAUCCUCCGGAAGUUAGAACAGCUAUUCCCGUAGAUGGAAGAUUCGAGCAUAUCGUCUUGUCGUGCAAUGCUACAUCUGAUCAUGCUAUUGUUUGGAUAGAAAAAGAGGCAGAGAAGGCCUUAAAAAAUAUGCAGGAGCUUAAUACAGAGACCGUAACUACUCCGCCACAGGUACAGAAAUUCAACAGGAAGCUGACAUUAGAAAAGGAGCACAAGGAUGCGUUGGAGAGAGCCUUAAGUUUGAAUAUACCUCAUGCUGAAACGUCAUACGAAGAAUCAUAUGGGAACAGUGAAGAGGGAACUUCACAAGACGGAAAAUUGGAAGCCUGCAACAACACAUAAGAUUCUUCAGAAAAGGAAAAACCAGUUUGUAAAGACGCAAGGACCAACUGGGAUGAAGUAGUUGGGAAGCUUUUCAAGAAACACGAAUCCGGGAAGAUGCUCCUGAAAAGAGAUGUCACUGAAUCCAUAAAAUGCUCAUCUACUAAUUAACCAGUUUCUGCAAAUUUGUAUCUAUUUUUUAUAACCAUUCUUUCUCUAAACUAACUUGUAGCAAUAUUAAUUGUUUUGCAAGUGUGCAUACUAAUUGUAAAACACUUCA